AUGGCAACAUCAACUCCAUCAAGCAAUGCUAGUGCAAGUGCAAGUCAAACUCGUGCAAGUGGUAGUGGUAGUGGUAGUGGUAGUGGUAGUGUAGGAUCUGUGACUGUAACAGAUCCAAGGGCUCCUCUAUGGGAUCAUGUCAACAUUUUAGAGAAAGCUAAACCAGGUGCAUCUGGAGGCAAAAUUCUGUGGCAAUGCAAGUACUGCAAAAUCUCCAAAGCCACCAGCUACACUAGAGUUGAAGCUCACUUGCUGCAGAUGAAGAACAAGGGGGUUGCUUUGUGUCCCAAAGUGUCAUAUGAAAUGCUCUCUGACAUGCGGAGGGAAGUUCAAAGGUGUAAAGAACUUGUUGAAAGAGAAAGAACACGCUAUGUUCCCUUGCCUACUGGUCCUGCUCCUUCAACUUCAAAUGCAACAACUGCCAUGAAGAAGAAGAGAGGGCCUGCUUCUGCAUUGGAGAAGGCUUGGGACUUGGACAACCGCAGGCAUUUGGAUGCUUUACUUGCAAGAGCUUUUUACUCUGGAGGGAUAUCUUUCAAUUUUGCAAGGAAUCCAUAUUUUAGAGAGGCUAUUUCCUUUGCUUGCAGCCAUGACUUGAAUGGUUAUGUAGGUCCUGGGUACAACAAAUACAGGGAGUCACUAUUGGUGCAGGAAAGGAGGCACAUAGAGAGAUUAUUGGAGAGUUCAAAGAGUGUAUGGCCAGAGAAGGGUGUGACAAUCUGUUGUGAUGGUUGGUCAGACCCACAAAGGCGACCAAUCAUCAACUUUCUUGCUGUUUGUGACAAAUCCCCCAUGUUCUUGAGGGCUGAUAACUGUCAAGGAGAAAUCAAGACAAAAGAAUACAUUGCUGAUAAGUUGAGAGGUAUUAUUGAGGAAGUAGGUCGACAAAAUAUGGUCCAAAUCAUCACAGACAACGCUUCAAAUUGCAAAGGUGCGGGUCUCAUUUUGGAAGCUGAGUUUGAUAACAUAUUUUGGACACCAUGUGUUGUGCAUACUCUUAAUCUUGCUAUGAAAAGUAUAUGUGAGCCUAAACCACCAAAGAAUAAUUCUUCUGAUGAUGAAUUGUUUAUUUGGUCUGAACUUGAGUUUAUGCACAAUGUUAAAAGUGAAGCUCAGAUGAUAAAGAAUUUUAUAAUGAAUCAUGGCAUGAGACUAUCAAUGUUCAAUGAGUUUAGUGAUUUGAAGCUAUUGUUUAUUGCUGAAACAAGAUAUUAUACUAAAAAGUGGCUUGAAGAAGGUGUUGGCCGUGUUCCUCCCCACAAGGAUAAAGAGGUAUCACAAAUGAGGAUGCAAUGCUUCAAGAAAUUCUUUCGGAACCCAGAAGAAUUGGCUCAAAGUGCUGAGGAUUUAGUCUUUGUGCAUUCUAAUCUAAGGCAUCUCUCAAGAAAAACCGAUGCAUACAAGAAAGAGGAGACAAGGCUGUGGGAUAUUUCAGGAGAUUUAUGGGACUCAAUGGGUGGUGUAGGUCUUCUUGAAGUGGCUGAUUUGUCCCUUGAUGAGCCUGAAUUGCAUGCUCUUUCUUUUGGACUUGGUGCUCUCUCUAUUCAUGAAGCUACUGCUGCUGCUGCAGCAAAUGAAGAAGAUGGAGAUGAACUAGCUUCAAUUAAUUGUAAUUGGGACUCCACUUCCUAG